AUGAGCUUCCUCUCCAAGCUGGUCACAUUAUUCGAGGCUACUCCGCCCACGAACACACGGUGCUCUUCAGCAGCACGCGCCUCGCCCUCCCCCCAUGAUAUCAUCGUCGAGACCCUGGCGGCGGUGGUUGUCGUCUCCGUCGGACUGGUGCUGGGCGCGGAGAAACUCAAGCCGAUCAGCUGGCGCGACUGGGCGGGCGAGAUUGAACGGGAUGGCGGUGCGCGGAAUCCGUAUCUGAGUCUGGAGGAGCGAUAUGGGUUCUGGGAUAUUCGGGCCAAGCGAAAGGAGUUUGCGGAAUGGAUGCGAGGCCAGGAUAUGGUGGCCAAGCAGUGA